GAUGCCAGACAAUAGGUAUACACAAAAUAAGUACAAAAAACAAUAAAUAGACAGUAAAUACAGAGUUAACCAAAGUGUACUGGCACACAGUGUAUAUGUAUGUGCAAAAUGUGCAAAAUAUAUGCGGCGAUUUUUAGAGGUGGUGUUCAGUAAAUAAUGGUGUGCAUGUUAGUUCAAGUGUUCAGUCCAAGCAUAUUCAAACCACGCUGGUCGUCUUGGCCAAAAAGACAUGGACCUUGAUUCAUGUUGCGAUUAAAUAAUCACUUUUUAAAAUCGCAGUCACGAUAUCGAUCUGAAAAAAAAUGCCGACUCGUUCAUACCGUAUAGGCGCUGUAUGCGCAAAAACGGUUACAACAUCAACUCCUGUUUUCUAUUAGUAACCGAACGUGACGUGUUUCACAAGUCUUUAGAAAACAGAGCAUUACUGCAAAGCCAGACCACCUAAAGAAAGCGUCGUAAAGCCGUAAAGCUGUUCUAUAUUGCUGCGAUAAGAGCGCUUCUCUUCAGGCGCGCCCUGUAAACGUGUGCUCUUAUCUGACCGAUGGGCUGGAUGCCAUUGAUGUGUUUGUCAUGUAAAUGCGAGCCCUUUGAUGGACACUCGCUACGCCCAAAUUGCUGCUGUAGGUCGCACCCCAUUGGCGUAUUUUUGGUCACAUGACCUGUCACUUGGUUGAUAUGUAGCCGGAUGGAACUUUUUGAGAUUUGACGUACUGCUCCGAGGUUGUAGGGCACCGGGGCACCGCUUGACCCCCAUUUGAGUUAACUACCGCUGGACAAUCAUACAGAAUGAAUUCUUACUUAGAUUACACGGUCUAUAACCGCGGACCUAACCCGUUAAACGCCAAAGUUGGAUGCUUCUCUUUGGAUCAGGAGUACAUGCAGGGCGCCUGUGCGAGCACCAACAGUUGUAUAGCUGAUGGGCGGCCGGUUGGAGGGACCUCGCUCACACCGGCGCUGCAUGAAACUCAAGGCAUGGGCUACGCGCAUCAAGCGUCCCAGCCGUACCACAUUAAUCUGGAUCUUGUUACAACGGGACAGGCCGGCUACGGCAAGCAGAGCCGCGCUCACUUGGACUAUGGUCACCAGAGCAUGCUCGGUCAAGGAGAAGACCACAUGUAUCUGCAGACCCCUGGCUUUCCUGUUGUAAGCAUGGGACCCAGCAGUGGAACACCCGGCGAGGCCAACUGCAGGCCAGCAGCGCUCCCAGUGAGCCAAUAUCCUUCGUAUCCCUACGGAGAGAGAGAGCAGCACAGCUAUGGGGCGUACAGCAAAUACAGCAGCCUGAUCCCCCCCGACACCGACCCCAAGAAGAGCCCCAACCAAACACCAACUUUCGACUGGAUGAAGGUGAAGAGGAAUCCGCCCAAAACAGUCAAGGUCGCUGAAUACGGACUCCACGGCCAGCAGAACAUGAUCCGCACCAACUUCACCACGAAGCAGCUCACCGAGCUGGAGAAGGAGUUCCACUUCAACAAGUACCUCACCAGGGCGCGGAGAGUAGAAGUGGCCGCCACCCUCGAACUGAACGAAACGCAGGUCAAAAUCUGGUUUCAGAAUCGCAGAAUGAAGCAGAAGAAACGCGAGAAAGAAGGAACCGUCCCGCUCAUAAACCGCGUCGCCGACUCCGCCGCUGGCCAGAGCCCGAACACCUCCAGCACCUCGUCUCCAGCCGCCUCGCCAAGCUCGGACACUGCGGCCCCUAACUGA